UCCGCUUUCCCACUUCCGUACACAAACGCUCCAGUGGCUGAUGACGUGUGCAUUCCUCCUCCGCUUCCCUUGUGCUAGCUUUGUUGUUAGCUUAGCGGCGCGAUAAAUCCGUUUUGGAAUAAAAGACACCAAGCAACGACAUAAAGAUAAACAGGAGUAGUUUAGCUGGAGGCUGCCGGAAAUGGAGACUCUUUACCACCAGACUAAUAAGUGAGUAUUUAUGGACGGCUACUCUUUAGCCAGCUAGGUAAUAACCACCAGAAAUGAAAGUGUUUGCCGUGGUUCAUUUAGGCAAAUCCAGGAGGUGCAGUCGCUAAUGGGCAACCUGGAGAGGACAGAUCGUCAGUCGGUACACUUGUUAGAGAAUGAACUCCAGGCUCGAAUCGAUCAGAUCUUCAACCAUCUAGAGCGCCUAGAGAUCCUGGCCAACAAGGAGCCGCCCAACCGCCGUCAGAAUGCCAAACUGCGUGUGGACCAGCUCAAGUACGACGUCCAGCACCUGCGCACCGCCCUCCAAAACUUCCAGCACAGACGUUACACCAGAGAGGCCCAGGAGAGGGAGAGGGAGGAACUCAUGAGCAGAACCUUCACCACAAACGAUGCAGACACGUCCAUCCCCAUCGACGAGACGUUGCAGCUCAACUCCAACUUGCACAACGCCCACCGGGGCAUGGAUGACCUGCUGGGCAGCGGCAGCAGCAUCCUCAACGGUCUGAGAGAUCAGAGAUCCACGCUGAAGGGAACCCACAAGAAGAUGCUGGAUGUGGCCAACAUGCUGGGCCUGUCCAACACUGUGAUGAGACUCAUAGAAAGAAGAGCCACUCAGGACAAGUUCAUCAUGAUCGGAGGCAUGCUGCUUACGUGCGUCUUCAUGUUCCUGGUCGUACGAUAUCUGGGCUGAGCAGCACCACACACGCACACGGACUAUACGAUGCCAUCACGACAAGAUAUUUUUUUAAAACUCAGAUGUAUUUUAUUAUGGCGGUGUUUUCAGUUCUUGGUGCACCUUCAUGACAGUAUUUUGACCACAUGUGAAGCUUUUUAUUUUGCAAUGGACUUUUUAGUUAGAGAAACUUUCCAGACCACUUCAUUGUGCUUGAGGGAGGUAACAGAGUCAUGAACCUUUGAAGUACAAGAUCAUUAAAAGCUCUUCAUGUUCUUUAUUCCAUGAAUAACACUCCCAAGUAUGAAUCUCAACUUUUUUUUUUUUUUUUUAGACUGGCUAUAAAAGUUUUGGACCUAACAUACUACACACUUCAUUACGUUGAAAAUAUUUGGUUUUCAGGUCUUUCAGCAGCAAUGAUUAAAUGACAAGAAAAAAUAAUUAUAAUUGUACAGUACAUUUGUGAUUUACAGUUGGGCCUAGUCUCACUGUGAUUUAAAACUUGCCUUGACUGUCUUAUUUUGCAUUUCUUGAACUAAACCAAAUAUUUAAAAUUAAUAUUUAAUUAAAUAUUUUUUGCAUACAACGUAAUUAGCUCCAACGCAAUGAUCGCUUCCUGUAUUUGGUUACUUUGGGUGUUCUGCAGUUUGUACUCAUCCCGUCAAAGCAACAAUGGCGCCGCCUCGUGUCACAUUGGAUAGUUGCCUCAAGCGCUAUGCCGUUUUAAGUUAUUCACAGCUUAUUUUAGUACAGGGGCGACUUAAAUCAUGUAAAAGACAUAAAAUCCAGGGUUUAUUGGCCCAAACAGUAAGUUAAAAAAAAGACCCAGACCCAUCAAGCAGGUGAAACAAACAUAUGCGUAACCUCUUCUUAAUAACAACCUCCAAAGUGUUAAGGUUACUCUACAGCGUUUUUAUUAUUUACAAAAAAGUACACAAAAGCAAAAAAACAAAAAAAAAAACACACACACACCCAUCUUCUUGGAAAAUAAUUUAAAAACAGAAAAAUACAAUUAUUGCAGUAUACUACAAUCUUAAACGACGCAAAACGCAUCAUCUUUGAAGGAUUCAGUGCAAUUCAUUCAGUUGUCCCCUCAUAAGGGAACGUGAGCAAAUAAAAAUCCUUGCCUCUUUUUGCUAGUUUGAAGAAAAAAAUAAGUGAAUGAAUGCCUUAACAACCUGGACACUUAAGUCUUCACGUGAAUAUUUGUACAAGUUACUGCAUUAGAAAUAAAUGAUCUGAUAUAGAGCAAGUAGUCAUAUUAGAAUAAUAUAUGAAAUAUUCUGUCCCUAUUAUGUACUGUAUAACAGGUGCAGCUUGUGUUUUUUAAUCCUUCUCUAAUCAUUUUGUUUAUGGCUUUGGCCAUUUUGUUUGUCAAAUACUAUAAAAUAAAUUGUGAAAAACAACAAAGUCCAGUGGUCAAAGUAAAAAGUUUUUCAAAAACAAAAUGGAUCCCGUUUGCGUACCCCGUGAAAAACAUAAGCCAGUGUCUGGAGAGUCACCUCAAAAGAGAGGGAUAAGUGUUG